AUAACAGGACUUAUAUGGCUCGUACCAGUUCAUGGAACUGUUUAAGAAAAAAGUAUAUAAACCUAGCGAUUCUGUGCCACAAUUUUAUUCCUUCGUGAUUUGGAGCUACUUCUUUUUCGGUAGUCGUAAGUAAUUUACAAGUUCACAAUAAUGAACGCCUACAUUUUUGCGCUGCUCCUGCUGUGGGGUGAAAUCGUGGUUAGUCAAAUACCUCUACCGGGAUCAUGUCCUGAUAUUCCUCCGUUCAAAAAUUUAAACUUAGAAAAGUACCCAGGAAAUUGGUAUGAAGUGGAAAAAUACUUUUUUGCACUAGAAGCAUCUGGAACAUGCAUCUCCGUAAACUACACGGCAAAUCAUGAUGGAACUCUAAACACUCAAAUUCGUUUUACAGAAUCUGUCUCAGGUAAUAAAAUCGCUUUCCCUGGAAAAACGAUAUUUUUGGACCCAGAUACUGCAGGUUCUGGAAAAACGGGAAACAUGCAGUUGACAUUGUCCAUUAUAAAUCCGUACUAUCUCCAAACUGAAGUUCAAAAGACGUAUAUCUAUAAACUCAUUGACACGGAUUAUGUCAAUUAUGCAAUCAAAUGGUCGUGUUUACCCUUGAUGGGGGUCCAUUUUGAAAGUGUUUGGAUUCUUGCAAGAGACGUGACAUAUCCUCCAGAAGUUAAAAAACUUGUACGAGAUUCUCUAGCCAAGUCUAAAAUCGAUACAAGUUUCUUACAACCAAGCACUUGCUGAAAACAUUAAUCACUAUCUCAAAAUUAUUUAACUAAGUUGACUACGCUUAAAUAUUUAUAUUUAUUCCUACUCGUAACCGAUUUAAAAAAAAAUUGAUAUGUAUGUUGGAUGGAACUUAUUAUGUAUUUUACGUUGGAUGAACAAAUUGGUAUUGAAAACGUGCCAUUUCUCUAGAGGAUUCACAAAUGCUUUCUCUAUUCUACUCACCAUAAGAUAAGAUUUUGCAUGCGAUAAAAUUUAGUACGCAAUAAACCGUGAUUGUUUUACAUAUGUA